GGGUGAUGACAGCAGCGAGUUUUGACAAAUUCUCGCUUUUAAUUUCUUCAAAAAAGUCAAAACGGGUUAAAAAUAAUGAGAACUAAUUAAAAUAUCCACCGUAAUUAAUUUGCAGUUGCGAUAUCAUUGUCGUAUCCAUAUGUUUGAUGAAAAUUAAUUUACGUGAAUAAGUGGGUGGAUUCCGUCUGCGCUAAUAAGCGGAUUGUUAUUUGUGUCAUGCCCGCAAAAUCGACGGAUUGUGCUGAUGAUGAAAAGCAGAUGAAAAAUGAAGGGUGUCGAUAGUGCGACAGGAGACCGUGAAGGCAUGACACACAAACCGAUUGUUACAUGUGCGGGAGAUUGGAAUUUAUUUUGUACGUUAGAGGCGCCCCUAGUGGCCGCCAUACCACAGGACUCAUGUGAGUGGAGGCGGUCAUAUGGCCGGGCUACCAAGUCUGUCUACCUGGAGGCCUCUUUCACCAGAUAUAAUAAGGACAGAGGGCAAAAUGAGCUGAAUUUGUUGAAGAAACCAAUAUUUCAUAUUUACUGGACUGACUGUGUGGACAUAGAAUAUUACAAAACAACUCUAAGAGAAGACAUAGAAGCAUGGUUGAAACAACUAGAGAAAAAUGGAAUAACGGAUUGGAUGAUAGUCCUAGUAGAAACUUAUGACAUACGAAAAACAAACAAAUUGUUACCGAGGACUACGGUUUUGGAUAAAAUUAAGGGUGAUUUUGGUGUGAAACAAACAGAAGAUAGGUUUAUUUCUGUUAUUAAUCCUAUCAAGUCCGAAGCAAGGAGUGCGGAGUCAUGGAGGGCGUUGGUAGCAAAGAUAAGACAUUUUGUACUAGUGGCGUAUAAUAAAGCCCUAAUCAAAUUUGAGGAGUACAUGAGAGAGCAACGAGAGAAACGUAAUGAUCCGGAUUGGGACUUUUGUAAAUAUUUUAUUUUGCAGGAACAACUAGCAUUUGUACUUGAAAUGCUAGGCUUGUAUGACGAGGCUCUAGUCCAGUAUGAUGAAUUAGAUGCUCUGUUCUCUCAAUUCGUACUCAAUUCCAAUGUGACAGAGAGUCCAAAAUGGCUUGACACAUUUAGACAACCUGUGACAUCUUGGCAGGCAGUCAGACUGACUGCUUUGGUUCCUCAACACCUUCGAGAACUGAUUAUAAAGAAGAAAGCUUCGUUGUUGGAUUUUAGGAGCUAUUUGUUUCAACGUCAAAGUGCCAUGUUACUGCCCUCAUCGAAACCUUGGGAGAUCGCAUCCAGAUGUCUAUCAACUGUACACAACACAUUAGUAGAGUUAUCUCUACUCGGUGCCACGGCGGUAGAGGGCGCUGCAGCAUGUUGGGCGCAGCUAGCGUGCGCGGAGACGUUGCGCGCGUGCGAACGAUUGGCCGCGAACAAUAAUGCGCUUGAUAUGUGCACUGCUACUCAAGCUCCACUGCUGCAUAAUGCUAAGGAUAAGUUACACGAGCUCGGUAAGCUCUGCGGCCUGCUCCCUGGCUCCCCAGAGCCGACGUCGGAACAGCUGCACCUGGUGGUGAUGCUGUCAGCAGGGAUGGGAGACAAUGAGAACAACAACCAGCAGCCCACACCCACUGAUAGACUGAAGGAGGCGCUGUGUAGCAAGACUAGCUUCCAGCAGUAUUAUCUGGAGCUGGCUGAGUUAGCUAUGGGGACUUAUAAGCAUAUUGGACGGUUAAGAUUCGCCCGCCUGAUAGGGCGUGACCUAGCAGCGUUCUACUCGGAGUUGGGUGAGACUGGCAAGGCGGUGGUGUUCCUGAUGGACGCGCUGCGGUCGUAUGAGGAGCAGGGGUGGAAGGACCUGGCGGCACAGACCAGGCUGGAACUCGUCGCCGCUGCCAAGAAGAUGAAUGACAUGGACAGAUACACAAAGCUCUCAGCAACAAUAGCAAGUACAGCCGAACUAGAGAUACUAGUCAGAAACUUUUAUUUCGAGGAAAUGAUGAAAUCCAUACGCGAGGAACUUUGCAAAAAGUCAGAGACGGUACUGACAGAGCUGAACGAAUGCUUCAAGAUCGUAUCAGCCAGUUUAGUGCCGUCGGAACGUGGUGUCUAUAUCACCGACAAUAAGGUCCAAUGUCGCAUGACGGUUGUUAGUUAUUUGCCGAAAGAUGUGACUUGUACUAGAGCAGCAAUAAGUAUAGAGAGGUGUAAGGAGGAUAGGACGGACAGACGGACGCCUGUCAAAAGUUAUAAGACUGAUUUAACUGUUAGCAGUAGUGUAGCGUCGCCUCGACGGGGGCCGGCCGAGGCUGACAAUGAUACUACUAACUUAAUUACAAGCAUAAGACUGGACGACUUAAAACCCAAGAACCCACUAUUAAACCCUUUACACAUAACCUCACAGAUACACUACAAAGAGGACAGAUCCUUGCAAAAAGUCACCGUUGAAUGUCAAAACCCAAAGGUGACCCUUAAGCGAUCAGACAGUUGCAAAUACAGAAAACCUUCAGCAACAGUAAGAAACAACUAUGAAAACUGUUUUUCAGUUAACAAUAUAACCUUAAAACCAGGUUCAAAUGACCUUGUCCUAGAUUUUGUAGCGACCAAAUGCGGGGUCUUCAAACUUGGUCAGGUUUCGUUAGUCAUUGAAGAAAAAUUGGAGUUUUUGUCUAAUGUACUGAUUGGAACGAAGAUGGGAUGUGAGAUUGUGACUCAGGGUGUGAACGUGUUCUUGAAUAAGGUGGAACCGAAGAAGGAUUUGGUGGCUGGACUGGAACAUGCUGUGGAGCUGGUCGUGACCAGUGGUAGCUCUCAUAUUGAGGAGAAUACAACAAUACUCCUGAAAACGUCCUCUGGUCUACUGAUCAGGUUCGCUGACGAUGACACGGCGAUGUCUCGCGAGCUGAUCAUCAAGGUCCCCGCUAUGGAACCGUUCCAGACUACUAAAGUCCCUCUCCGACUGUUCGCGAUGUUACAACCUAGGAAGGAGAAGAGUAUUGAGCAUUCUGUCUGGCUAACCUGCCCUUGGCGGGAAGCGGUGACGGAAGUGCCGCUAGACUUCACUCCUCCCAUGGUGGCGUCAUGGCGCCUGCUCACCUCAAACACGAGGAAAUUCAUCCAUAUUACACUGAAGUCCACUGUAGUACAUUUGGUGCAGUUUGCUUUGACGGACCCGAAGCUGGAAUGCGAUGGGAACAAUAAUAUGGUAGCUGAUUUGAACCCUAAGAAUUCUGAUCAUAUGAUGGUAGCGUCAGACGGUACAACAGCUUCAUUCAUGUGGGAACUUCUAAAAGACCCCCUCGUCAAAGGAGGUCCAAUGAAAGCAACCUUCUCAGUGCACUACCGACCUUCAGACGUGGAAGGACCUGGCAGACAAUUCACAUGUCCUUUCGAUAUACAGGACUAUACUACGUUGUUCGUUAUUAGGACGAAAUUGGAACCUAGUAAGGGUUCUGACUUUUGCAGGGCUUCGCAAAUGUGCUGUUUACAGCUUAGUGUGCAGAGGGUGAACGAAACGGAAUACACGUCGCUUAUGUACGAAGUGCUUGCUGAUCAGACGAUGUGGGCGGUGCUGGGCCGGACUGCAGGAGUACUGACAAUGGAGUGUACUAGCACGGAGCCCCAGAGCGUGACGCUGGACGUGAUGCCACUCGUGGCCGGCUACCUGCCGCUCCCCACUGUCCGACUGUCCAAGUACAUCGCUGCUAAUACCAAAGAUCCAAAGAAAGAUAUUUCUGCGCACCCUCGACUAGAACCGUUCAGCCCCGGCCAAGUCUACCACGCGGGCAAAGCGAAGCAAGUCCACGUCCUACCACCUAUGCCCAAGGAGCAUCUAGACGUCAUAGCUAACUAAACGUAAGUCAUAGACCAAAAUUCUAUGAGCAUCAUAAAUAAACUCGCUAGAUUUUGUAGAAAAAAAUAAACAAUAAUUUCCAAGCAUUUAAAAGACAGUAAAAAAUACUUGCGAGUUCUAUCUUGUCUUGAAGAAUAUAAACUUACUAUUUUAAAAAUCGACUAAAAGGAACAACACUAGAACUGUCAAAAUACAUAGAUUGUGAAAACAAAUACGUCCAUUGCGUUUUUUCGAAAUGUUAUUACAUUGCCAGGCUCAAUAAAUAUGUUCUAUGUUUUCUUAAAUGUUAAUAUUUAAAUAAAUUAAUAAAAAUUGAUAAUUAUACCUACAUUGGUGUUUCGUGUUAGAGACAAACGAAUUAUUUGUAUGCUUAAAAGUAUUUUAAAUGUAUAUUUAAUAAUGUACGGCGUAAAAGACUAUAAACUUCAUACUUCAUGGAUGUUAUUUGGACAUUAUUUUCAAUAAAACGUGGUUUCACACCAUCGGGGCUGGUAGUCUCAACGAAAGUAACAAACAAUCUGCAAAAUUGAUCGCUAAGUCAUUGAUUUCAUUAAUGAAUUUUCAACUUUCUUCCAAAAGUAUACGGUUGCAAAUGCAUUAAAGAAUUUCGCUACUUAACGACCAACUUCUGUUGCGAUAAUGUUGAGAUUGCCAGCCUUAUUCAAUGUGCUCUUACAAAACGCACAAAACUCACGUAAAAUAAUGCUCAUUAUAAUCCAUAUAAAAAGAAACAAAAUACUACCACUAAAAUCUAUUUGAAGUUAAUAAAAAUGCUUCGAUAAGUAUUGUGAAAAAAUAUUUUCUUGUAAGAAAAAAUAAAAAAAAAUAUGGUUAUUACAUUGGUACAUUUUUAUGGAUUAGCAAUCCACGGACAACACUCUUAUGACCUCUUGCAAGUUUGUGAGUAUCUACGAGUGCGCUGAUCGCUUACCUCGUUAGCUCGUUUCUGAUUUUCAUAAUUCCUAGUAGCAGCACAGAGUUUCUUAACGUAUUGAUUGUAUAGCAAGGGAGACCAGUAUCACCAUUUUUAUUAAAUAAACGAGUGGUCUUAUGGCCGUUUUCAACUACCAGCCAUAAACAAUAUUCUAACUAAAAGUUACUAAGCGUAACGUAGCACCUAAACAAAUCCCUUACUCGUACUGAUAGGUAAAACAAAAUAUCAUUAAAUGUCACCUAUCUUAGCUUAGGGGUUCCUUAAAAUUUGGUCUUACAGACUUAUACUACUAAAAGGAACCUACAAUCAACUAAAUUAACGAAAAUCGCGGGUUACUCACGUGAAUAUACUGAGAAACGCUCUACUAGUUUCGAACCACAGAGGGGUUCUUCUUCAUGACGUCGCGCAGCUCACUGAACCUACAAUCCUUGAAAAUAUACCAAUGUUCAAGCCAUUCAGUAUAAUAAGUAAGUGUAAUAGUACUGCUUACUGAAUUCUAUGUGAGUAUAUAAGAAACGGACCACCACAUGUGAUACAUACGCUACGUGAGGUUAUAUGGGUAUAUAUUAUUGUAAUCCUAUUAUAUUGUUAUUAAAAUUAUAUAUCGAGUGAUCCACGGCUUAAGAAUUUGGAAGGAAAGUUUAAUAGUCAAUUCUCUAACAAGUAAUACAAGUAUUACUGCCCUUCAGUUUAGCUUGAAAAAUAUAGUGGAAAAUGAAACGAAAUAUAGUCCAUAUUCAUUUCUCCCAUUCAGUAGGUGUAUAUACAACAUAAUCAUGUUAUAAUGGACUUUUAAAUUCAUAAAGUGCGGUAUUUUCGAGGUGUAACUGGUAUACAGACAAUGUUUCCAGAUUUAUUAAGCGUGGAUCAUCUCGUCUAUGUAAUACAUUCUUGCAGUUACAUUUAUUGUUGCUUUGGCUUCGUUCAUAGAAGAAAUGAAUCACAAAUGCUACUUAACUGUAAAUACAAGUUCUUAGUUUGUUAAGUGGUCGUAAGUAUUUUUGGGUAUUUUCAACUCUUGAAAUUAGGACACCUACGUGUAAACGGUAUGCGCCUUCUUAAUUUUAUUCCUUAUUUUUCUGAAAAUUAAACGUGUUUUCACCAUCACCUGUCGGCGUUUUUCGGGAGCGUUCCAUUAACACUCUUUAUAAUAUGCAUAUGCAUAAUAGCAUCUGAAUCUGGAUUGUGUUGAUUUCUAGACUUAACUGUAAAUGCCUUGGAUACUACUUAAAACCGUUACAAAGCAUUUGUGAUUAAUUUUUUCCAACCUUGUGCCAUAUUGUCUCAAAUAUUAUUCUUAUUACUUUCAAUACAUAAACUUUCAUAAACAAAUCUUCGAUAUAUUUACAAAAAAAGACAAUUAACUUUCAUUUUAAUUGAUUAUUUCUUACUAUAAUAAAGUUUAAAGCUAAAUAAACGUACAGGGAAACAAUGCUUAUGCCGCAUACCACUCAUACAUUCAAUAUUAGAUCUUAUUUCACGUACAUGUAGGUAAAUAAUUAUAUAGCUAGCUAUGUGUUAGAAAUGUGACGUAGUGUUCUUGUACGAACAGUUAUUUUUGGUGAUGACUCGACAGAUUUUAAUGUAAGAAAUAAUUUAUAAACUCAAUUUUAAGUCUUAUGCUUUACGUCUUUUGAUCGAAAUUUUAUUGCUUUUACUUCUUUUGGGAACGUAAAUGUUAGUUCUUGCGAACGUAAUGUUAGUGUUUCUGACACUAUAAAAAUGUCCUACUUAAUUUACCUGAGCCUUUAGCCAAACGCCACUUUAGCGCUUGUCUAAAGAGAGAGUAGAAAUCAAAAUGUAUGGGGAUGACACUGA